AUGGCGCCCAUCAAGGUCGUCGUGUCGGGCGCCGGCAACAUCAAGCGCCAGCCCGAGCUGGGCGUCGUCUCGAUCCGCGUGCGCUCGCGCGGCGCCGAGCAGGCGGCUGUGUCGACCGAGGUGCGCAAGGCGGCGCAGGAGAUCCAAGCGCAGGUGCGGCAGCUGGCGGCGCCGCGGCACGCCGACUACCGCGCGCCCUCGCCGGCCGUUGACGCCGCCGUGACGCGCUGGACGUCGGGCUCCAUGACGACGCGCUCGUACUGGGAGCGCAGCAAGGACAAGGGCCGCCACAACACGUUUUACGGCGCGCAGACGCACGUCGGGAUGACGAGCGGCUACUCGUCCGACUCGUCCCAGGGCGAGCGCGAUAAGGAGCACCAGCGCACCCGCGUCUACGAAGCCAGCGUUGGCCUGACCGCCACGUUUCGCGACUUUGACAGCCUCAGCGACUUCACCACACGCAUGUCUGUCGUGCCCCUGGCUAGCGUCCGCGGCGUCGAGUGGUUCCUCACCCCGGAGACGCAGGCGCAGCUGCGCGAGGAGGCCCUGCGCUCGUCGUACCGCGAUGCCCUCGCCAAGGCCAGGGCCUACGCCGAGGCCAUGGACAAGAAGUCGGUCAAGCCCGUCGAGGUCCGCCAGCUGAGCGACCAGCCGCCGCGCCUCAUGGCCUUUGGCGCCGCCGCCCGGUACGCCGACAUGCCCGUCGGUGACGAUGACAACGAGGAGCAGCACCUGACGUACCAGCCCGAGGACGUCUCGUACGACGUCGACUGCGAGGUCACGUUUGAGGUCGAGUGA